GAGUCCUUUCCAUCAGCGCGCGCGGACAGUACCGUUCAGGGUUCCGGUAACAGCAGUUUGUGUGAAUCCUUCCGUCCUCUUUAACUCUACAGGGAGGCGGAAAACUCCGAACAGUACCAGAACUAAACAACAGAUUUUUGUUUUUCCUGCCGUUUACUGGGCUAGUGAGGGAUUCGGACGUAGUCAUGGAGACCCUCGAGACCGCGACCGUUGGUGACGCUUUAACCUGAAACCCUCCCCCGUUCAUUUCCCGGCGCGUCUCCCAUCGUAACAUGAUCCAGAAGGUAGUGUUUCACCUGCUCCGGCUCAGAGGACGACUCCAUUAGUUCCAAACCGACUGGAACUGCUCGUUCAGGACACCUGAGAUGGCCAACGUCAUGGACUCGGCUCAGUUAGACCCGGGUGGUUCGGUACUAGAGCAGCUGGGUUUGGACCCGAACUCGGAUUUCUCAGACUCGGGUGUGCAGCAGCGUCUGGAGGAGCAGCGUGAGAGAAUCCGCAGAGAGAUCCGCAAAGAACUGAAGAUCAAAGAGGGAGCGGAGAACCUACGGCGCGCCAUCAGUGACAAACGCAACGCACACCAGGUGGAGAACCAGUUACGCUCCUCCAAACGCAGACUGGAUGCUCUACACACACAGCUGCAAGAGCUCGACGCACACAUCAUGGUGAAGGGACCGGAUGACAGCAAGGACGACCUCCCGCAUCCGGGGACCAUGGGCCGAUCGUCAGCCAAUCAGGAGCGCAUCAUGGCUCUGGAACGGCAGCUCAACAUCGAGCUGAAGGUCAAACAGGGAGCAGAGAACAUGAUCCCGAUCUACGCCAACGGAGUCACUAAGGACAAGAAGCUGCUGCAGGCUACACAGCAGAUGCUGCAGGACAGCAAGACCAAGAUCGACAUCAUCCGCAUGCAGAUCCACAAAGCCAAGCAGGCCACAGAGCACACGACCGACACGCAGGAUAAUCCAGAUCUGUGUGGUGUGGAGUUGAGGAUUGAGGAGCUGUGGCAUCACUACCGUGUGGAGCAUGCCAUGGCUGAAGGAGCCAAGAACAUGCUGAGACUGCUGGGAGCAGGAAAAGCUCAGGACAAGAAGGCUAUCACAGAGGCUCAGGGCAGGCUCACGGAGGCGUCCCAGAGGCUGGAUUUGCUGAAGGAGUCUCUGGAGCAGAGGCUGCGUGAGUUGCCGGAGGAUCAUCCUAAAGCGUGUCUCAUUAAAGAGGAACUCAUCCUGGCGUCCUCCUCUGCGUUCAGCGGCCGAAACAGCACCCCCUACGUACACAACCAGUACAGCACGCUCAGCAAACCAUCCCCACUCACAGGCAGUCUGCAGGUGCACUUGUUGGGGUGUGUAGGUCUGCUGGACAUGGUCCCUGGUCGCAACAGGAGCUCAGCCGUGGUGUUGCCGAAUUUCAGCCCCGGUGACGGGCGAUCCUUCAAACUCAGCAGCCUGAGCCUCAAAAUGCCCAGCAAGACUGAGGAGCUUUCCUCCGAGGUGAGUGCAGUGUUAAAGCUGGAGAACACCGUGGUGGGUCAGACGAGCUGGAGGACGGUGGGAGACCAGGCCUGGGACCAGAGCUUCACUAUCGAACUGGAGAGGUCCAGGGAGAUGGAGAUUGCAGUGUACUGGAGAGAUUAUCGUUCUCUCUGCGCGCUCAAGUACCUCAAACUGGAGGAUUUUCUGGACAAUGAGAGACACAGGAUACACCUAGAGCUGGAGCCACAGGGCUUACUGCUAGCUGAGGUCACGUUCUUUAACCCCGUAAUAGAGAGAGGCCCCCGACUCCAGAGGCAAAAGAAGAUCUUCUCCAAACAGCAUGGGAAAGCUUUCCUGAAAGCUAAGCAGAUGAACGUGGACAUCGCCACCUGGGUGCGCCUGCUGAAGAACGCCAUCCCAACCAGCACCUCCACCAACAGCUACUCACACAACUCACACACACACCACGCAGGAGUAAUCCCAGAAGAUAAAAUAGGCGUGGAGAGUGCAUCUCCUCCAAGGUCUGAGAGCCUGAAGAGAGAGGUCUCAGAUGCAGUCUCUCCCCCUGAUGUAGCACCAGAGCGGUCGGGCAGGCGCAGUUCCCACAAUUCCCAGCGCAGGCCGAGCAGAGGGCCGCUAUGUCUUCAGGAUUUUCGGCUCAUUGCCGUGUUGGGAAGAGGGCAUUUUGGCAAGGUGUUACUGUCUGAGCACAAGAACUCCAAGACGCUGUUCGCCAUCAAAGCCCUGAAGAAGGGAGACAUUAUCGCCCGAGACGAGGUGGAGAGCCUGCUGUGUGAGAAGCGGAUCUUUGAGACGGUGACCGGUUCACACCACCCGUUCCUGGUGAACCUGUUUGCGUGCUUCCAGACACCAGAGCACGUGUGUUUCGUCAUGGAGUACACGGCCGGAGGAGACCUCAUGAUGCACAUCCACGCUGACGUCUUCUCCGAGCCGCGCUCCGUGUUCUAUGCUGCUUGUGUGGUUUUGGGCCUACAAUUUCUUCAUGACAAUAAGAUUGUGUACAGGGAUCUGAAGCUGGAUAACUUGCUGCUAGACACUGAAGGCUUUGUGAAGAUCGCUGACUUCGGUCUCUGUAAAGAAGGGAUGGGGUAUGGGGACAGGACCAGUACGUUCUGUGGUACUCCAGAGUUUUUGGCCCCGGAGGUUCUGACUGAUACGUCCUACACUCGAGUGGUGGACUGGUGGGGGCUCGGGGUGCUCAUCUACGAGAUGCUGGUUGGAGAGUCUCCAUUCCCAGGUGAUGACGAGGAGGAGGUGUUUGACAGUAUUGUCAACGAUGAAGUACGUUACCCACGAUUCCUGUCCACAGAGGCCAUUAGCUUAAUGAGACGGUUGCUAAGGAGAAACCCUGAUAAGAGGCUGGGCUCCAGUGAAAAAGAUGCAGAAGACGUGAAGAAGCAGCCGUUCUUUAGGGAUGUGGACUGGGAGGCGCUGCUGCAGAGGAAUGUGGUCCCUCCCUUUGUGCCCUCAUUAGGAGGGGAGGAGGACGUGAGUAACUUUGACGCGGAGUUCACGAGGGAGGUGCCCAAUCUCACUCCUCCUCGCGAACCCAGGACCCUGUCACGCAAAGACCAGGACUGUUUCAAAGACUUCGACUACGUCUCGGACCUGUGCUAGGGUGCGGAGAAGCAGGGCUGAAGAACCACGACCGUACGCUGACCACAUACUGUGACUGGGAGAUUUGGGCUGUGUUCCAAUCCUCCUCGGAUACUUUCCAGAUGCUCCCUUCUCUCUGUACAAGGCUGCACAAAAUAAGGGAGGAUCGGGUCAGCGGCUCAGAAAUGUGAAGGAGGCAAAACAACACGUGACGUGUGCAUCAGUGUGACACUGCGGGGACGAGAGAGAGGACAGGAGAGGAAUUUAGGCUAACAAUUUACAUCACAUCAAGAUCACAAACUAUUCAGGUAUAUAGAAUAAGAGAGAGAGCUGCAUGAGGAUCAACUCAUCCCCAUCCCCAACCUCCAUGUUCUCCAACCUCACACUGUCUCAUUAAAUAACGUUAUCUCGUCAGACUUACAGAUGAUUUCUUUACCUUCACUCUUAUGUAUCAGUCACCGGACUGCACAAAGCAGAAAUGUCAAAUAUUUGACCUUGAAAUUCGGAACCCUAUUUUGUCCUGCCGGUCAGGACGUCCGUGUAGCGCAAACACAAGGUCAGUGUUAUUUUCACUAAUAAUCCCGUCCCAGUUCUUCUACUUAAAAAGGCUAGUGACUCAAACAAAGAGCUGAGUUUCUGCUCACGAGCAGCUUAAACAGAAUCCGAUCGUACGUUUAGAACCGUUAUAUAACCGUAUACGCGUAUGAAAUUCCUCUUUUUCUUUAUAGCGUGCUCACUAAAUCAAGGUUCUUCACGUAAGUCGCUCUGUUAUGAAGUCCUCGGAUUAAUUGGUGGUAAAUUUGGUGUCUCUGGAGGUGUAAAGUGUUUAAAGUCGUGCCACAGCCUCUGUUCAAAACGGAGACUGAACGCCACCAGAUUAAGAGAAUCCGACGGAUUAGACGGACAGAAAUAAAGCGAAAACGCAGGCAGAAGUGUACCGAGCGUGAACACGGUAGCUACUCUACAUCCUGAGCGAGCUUUAUGAUGACGAUUUGUUGUAGAGACGAAUCGGGUCCCUUCAGGUUUCCACACCAAUGAAUAAGCCAAUCAGCAGCUGAUCAUGCGUUCAUAUCUCUAAUAUAUCAUCCCUUUCAGCGCACACAGGAGCGAGCUGUCCUGGUCCCGUGCAGCUCUCGAUGUAGUCUAACGUGCCUCCAUUUACUGCCUCACAUCCAGAACUCGGCUUGUCCUUCCUCUCUUCUCCACUGUCACUGUCAUCCGUUUCAGCUCAGGAUGUUGGGCUUAGUGCUGCCACACACAAACACACACACACACACACACACACACACACACCACAGGAGGGAGCCAGAAUACACUUUAUCUCAUAACAUUAACAAUGCUCAGAUGUGACCCUGACCAGUAUGGGGACCCUAAAGAAAGAAGAAAGAAGAAAGAAAGGGGGGGGGGGGGGGGGCUUCAUUUUCUUUGUUAAAAAAAAAAAAGUGACAAGUUUCGUCUGUCAGCUGUGAUGUCAUAACCUCAUCUGGAUCAUUGUCUUUAACUUUAAAAAAUAAAUUAAAAUAAAGACUAUAAAUGUA